AUGGAUGCCGCCCAGAUCCAUGACCCUGGCAAGACGCACGUCUGGCUCGGAACUUUCGAAACUGCAGAGGGGGCAGCGCGUGCGUAUGGCGCCAAGGCUAAGACCAAUUUUCAGAUGGCGGCGGAGCUUCUGAACAACUGCAACAACUUCGUUCACAUUAACAACAACACAUGUAACCCGAGUCAGAGUAGCACGCUUAAUUCAUCUUCGCGGCUGCCGUUUUCUCCGCCUUUACUUCUGACGUCAUGGCGUUCCCAGCAGCGUGUCCUAUCAUUGGACUACGAGGGCAUGUCAUACAAGGGGCUAUUGGAUCUCGACCUCACUAUCGCUCUUGCUGUAAAAAUUGUGUGUUUAUCUACCUUAGAUUAG